AUGGCGCACUUGCUUAGCGGCGCCUGCCUGGGGAAUAGGGAGCAGGCCAGAUGGUUCCUCAGAGUAGCGCGAGCGCAGACGGGGACGGCGAUCAGCAAAGUAGCCCAGGCGGCACCCGACUCCAAGGAUACGCUGAAGACGCUGAGGACAGCGCAUGUCGCUGCGCUGAUGGGCUCACGCUAUAGGGUGCUGGAUGAGGACGGGUACGAUGCACUAGCCCCAGCCGUCGGGGGGGAGUUGCCGGCGCUGGUAGAUGAUCUCUCGGAGAAGAGUCGGAGGGACCUUGGCGCCGGGGUCACGAGGAACUUGCAAGUCGUGGCCGAGGCGGCGACGGGCGCGGUGCAGAGGUGGACGGUUGGCGACGUGCUCAAGCGACCAGGAGUGCUGGCGGCUCUCUCGCGCGACGUCUUCGUCUUCCAGUCGCCUGCCAAAGCUCAGUUCCUCGGUGACUACGCCACCUUCUCGCGUGCGGCCUCGCUUGCCUUCGACAGCGAGCCAGACGCGCAGCGAGCCCUUCUCGCGUCGCGCGACCACAUCAGCACGCGCACCCCACUCGGCGUCGCCUUGGGCUGGGGUGCAGAGAACGAGUUCGUAUCCUCCACCAACCAGUAUGCAGUCUACGUGCACGCCUCCGAUUAUUGCAUCAACCUCGCGGCGCUCAGCAACGCUGGCCCCUCGGCCCGAUCGCUGCCAACUCCUCCACCGCCUCCGCCUCCGCCUCCUUCACCUCCACCUCCGCCAUCGCCUCCUCGCCACACUGUGGCAUUCGUCAUGACCGAUGGGGACAACUUGCAGUGGACGCUCGGCCCCUUCUCCACAGACACCACAUGGUGGGGGAGCACGCAGCGCGGCCGAACCCCUCUCGGGUGGACCUUCAGCCCAGCCACCGCCUUCCUCUCCCCCGCCACCCUCUCCUGGAUCAAUCGCACGCGCACCCCGAUGGACGAGCUCAUCGCCGGGCCCUCUGGCGUUGGGUACACCUUCCCUCAGGCAUGGCCUGCCCCCUCUCGCGCUCCAUUUGCCUCCCUCACCGCUGAGGGGAUGCGUCGCUCCUCGAUGAAACUGCUCAACAUACUGGCACAGACGAACGCCCCUCCCGACAACGCUUCCGUCGCCGCCCUCCUCCAGGAGCCAACUGUCUCUGCUGCCUUGUACUACCCGUGGGGUGGGGGUUACAGCCAGCUGGAGGGCCGCAUGUGGCGCGGGCAUGGCAGUGGUGGUGGUGGGGAGGGCAAGGGGCGCGGCAAGGGAGCUGGCAGUGGCAGUGGAGGAGAGAAAGGGGAUGGAGGGCGAGGUGGAGAGGGAGGUGAAGAGGGAGGUGGAGACGGCAAGGUGCUGAUCAGUGGCCGCGUGAGCUUGUGGGGCGAUGGGGACAAAGGGACGACGCUCGGCGUCAAGCCAAUGAUCUCACGGCUCCUCUCCAUGCCGCGUGUGAGCUCCUCCCCGGAUGGCUACUCGAUCAUUCCGGUGCACGUAUGGAGCCACUCGUACGCAGACGUGCUGACCAUCGCGACUGCGCUCGAGGCGAGCGGCGGCGUAGACGUCGUGCUGCCGUCCGAGCUCAUCAGUCGGCUCGAGGAGAACGUCUGGAAGGCCACCCCCCGGUGCACCUGUGACACCCCGGCCGCGGGUAAAGCUGGUCGCAACGAGUAUACGUGCUCCGACGGCGAUCGAGGCUUCUGCGCCAGGACGCAGCAGUGCUUUACGUCGCUGGUGUUCCUCAAGGGAGACUGGCGCAGUGGCUGUGCCUGA